AGUCAGGGGCCUCAAAUCAGGGGCUGCCUGGCUCCUGCCAAGGGCCCACCCCUGAAUUCACCCCUUCAGCUCUCAGGGUGUCCCCCCAAAGACCGCUUGCUCCAAAUCCCCUUGUUGGAGAGGGCCACCCAAGGUUCCUUGGGACCCAAGAUGGGCUGUUGUGGAGAAGAGCCAGGCCUGGCCGGGGCAUGCAGACAGGGCCAUGGAGACCUGGCAGGGAUGGCCAGGCCUCAUUCACACCCCAAAAACCCUCAGGAUGAGGCUACAAAUAGCAGUUUAUGGGCUUGACUCACCCUUGGGGAAACCCCCGUGUCCUGGCCACUUGAGCCCAGGGCAGCAGUCCCUCCUCAAGCCCACAGGUGGACAGUUCUUUGGGAGGCUGGUGGGCAUGGAGGCAUUUGCUGAUGGGCAGCAGAACUGGCCCAGGAGGGCAAGCUGGAGCAAGCACUGAGAGUCUGCCCAGAGGAGGGCAGAGCACCUAACACUUGGAAUGCCCAGAGUCCUGGCCCUGCCCCAGCCCCUCUGCCCAGACUAUGGACUGGGGGUUGUGUCUUCAGAUACCUGCUGCCGCCCAGCCUCAGAAAGGCCCAGCCUGAGGUCUGCCUAUCUGAGAAGUGCUUGGGAACAAGGCCCCCAGUAGGCCUACCCCCCAUCACCUUGUUCUGGGAACAAAGGACCCCACCCUGGAGACAGAACAUGAGGAGCAGCGAGAACCACAGGAGGGAGUCUGGCCCCAGUGUGCCUCUUUGCACCCGGGACCUCCCCAGGCCAUGCCAUCCUGAGCUACCUGCAGCAGGACAGGUGCUUUGGCCAGACUGAGGGACCCCAACGUGAUUUUUCAAAAUACUUUUUUAGUUGUAGGUGGACACAAUACCUUUAUUUUUAUUUACUUUUAUGUGGUACUGUGGAUCAAACCUGGUGCCUCUCACGUGCUAGGCACUGAGGCACAACCCCAGCCCCACCAACAUGAUUUCUGAUGGCAGGUAGGAAGGGACAUUUUGUGGAAGACAGAGAAGGCCCCCUCCCUCUCUGGUCAUCCUGAGCAACCCCUGCCCAGACCCUUCUCGCUCAUGCUGACCAGGGACCUCUCCCUCACCCCCACCCAUGACCAGAAUUGGAAACAGGUCACGACAGCCCCCUGCACAUUCUUCCCUAGAGCCCAGCCCCCCGCCCUUCAUUCCCUUACCUGCUCAUUCAGUGUUCCCUGGGCAGCACUGGGGGAGGUGCCCAAGCUGACCAGGGAAGGAGCAGCUGAGCAAGGACUCGGGUGGACCUGAGAGUGAUGUCGGGUGGUGGGUGCACAGUUAGAUGGGGCCUGGGUCUGGGGGCUGCCUGGGCUCUGAGCCUCAGUGGGGUGAGUAUCAGGCUCAGCAGAUGGGGCUUCUGAGCAGGGGCUAUCAAGAGAUCUUUGGGAACUGCAGUUUCACUGCUGAGUACAAAAGGGACAAUGCUGUCCAGGCUGCUCUUUUCCAGAGGUUGGGGACCAGGCCUGGUGCCAGCCCCAGAAGGUGGGGCAAAGGGCAGACCCAAGUGUGCCUUCCACCCCAGAGCCUACCUUCCCCUUCCGGCUUCUACCUCCAUCCAUACCUGGGCUGCGUGAAAGCAUCCCAGCCUGGAGCCAGCAGAGCCACUGGGACAUGCAGACAGCCUCAGGUGCAGCAACUCGGGGAGGGUGGGCAGUCAGCAGAAUGACCAGCACCAGGCACACCCUGGCUCGGAGCCAAGUACAGCAUUGUCAGAAAUGGGAGACCAGCUUCACCCGUGGCCCUGGGAGUGGGAGAGCCGUGAACCAUGGGCUUCAGGGUGCCCCUUCAAGGCCAUGCUCUCCUGGACUCACCUGCACAAGGACAGCUCCUCUCUCUGCCACCCACAUUAGGUGGGGAGGGAUGAGUGAGAGCCUGGCCCAGGGAGCCCCCAGGGUGAGGGGUAGGGGGAGAGGAGACAGGAGAGAGUGAGGCAGACCCUGUGUGCACACACGCACCCAUACACUUCAUGCAUGCACAAUGCUCACUCAGCCAUUGUUAGGGUGCUGGUGCACACACCCCAUUCACUCGCUUGCCUACUCCUGCCCCACCCACUGCCCUGGACACAGCCUGCCAAGUCCCCUCACUGCUGGGUGGGACUCCCCCAGGCCCAGGUGGGGGAAGGCAGGGAUUCUGGCCCCACCUCUGCAGCAAGGUCUGGUACAUUCCUUGGGCCUCUAUGUCACACUCGCCUCUGGGUACUGACUGUCCCCUGCGGAGCCCGGUGACCUCACAGUGGCAAUAUUCACAGGAGCCGGGGAGGAGGUUUCGGGCAGCCAGGAGUCUACUUCCUGGAGGGCUUGUGAUGCUGAGUCACUUGGCUCGCAGAACUGGCCCCAGGGGCUGGUCACGGCACCCCAGGAGCCCCUGACCCUGCUCAGGGGGCCAGUCCCUCUCUAGGCACUACCUCCUUCUGGUCCCCGCCCCCUCCCUGGGGCCCCACCCCUCUCUAGGACCCCAACUGCUCUCUGUUCCCCUGCUUCCUAUCUGGGCCCUCUCUCUGGGCCCCCGUCUCCUUUCCUGGCCCUGAGAUUUCUCUCCACUCAAGGACCAGAUAGGGAAGCUUAGGUCUUUUCCUGAGGUCAGGUUCCCCUCUGGUCAGGCAUCACCCCCCAGCUCUCCCUCAGGCCCUGGGAGUCUUGUCCUUGAGCACCAGGAUUUUGGGGAGCAACACCACAGGGGCUUCUGAUGCCCAGUCCACUGAGGUGGUCAGUGGGCUCUGCAGGUGGGUGGGCCCCCGAGGAGCAGGGGCAUCCCUUGCCCUAGAACGGUCCCUCUCACAUUGUGCCUUUCUACAGGCCUGUGUGUGGGCUCCAACCUCAGGACCUGGGUUCUCGCUAGCAGUGGGGCCCACAUCCCCAGUUCAGCAGCACUGGUGCACCCACCCCUGUGCUAGGCAGAAGGCAGGGAAACCUCAGGACCUGGGAGGAGAGCCUAACCGUGGCAGAAAGGGUGGGGAGGGGCCGACAUCCACUGGAGGGACCCAGGUUGGUCAUCUGGAGUGCAGUGGGCAGUACACCUCCGCUCACAAUGGGCGCUCAGGUGAGCUGGCUACCUGCUUGGCCCAUCCGGCUUUGGUGUAGUCCCCUCACCUCCCUCCACUCUAGCCUCAGCCCUGGGUGAACACUGACACUCGCCCGGGCCUUUGCCCUGUGGUGGACUAGAGCCCCAUGCCGACUGGCAAAAGCCAGGAAAGCUUCUGCGAUCCUCUGCUGGACCCGGGUCUCCCUCGGCCCCUGGUCCCUGCCCCACGGUACACAGUGUGGGAGGGGGGAGGCUUCUUGCCCACCAGCUGUUGUGACCACCCAGAUCACAAAUGUCCUCGCUCUGAUUUCAUCCUCAGAGUUGCUGCUCAGGCCCUGCCCAGCCUUGACCUCUCACCUCACUUCCUGGACCCCAACAGAGGGAGGCUGGGCUGGAGUGGGACCCUGGGCAGAGGCAGAGGAGUGCUAGGCGUGAGAAUCCUGAGGACAGUCACAGGUGGAUGGGUGGGAGGGGGUGGAGCUUCUGGGGAGGCAGGUAGCAGUGCAGGUGGCAAGCUGGGCUAUCACUGUGAGGUGUUUGUGGGUUCCCCUGCUUUGGGCCCACCCAGGAGCCAUGGGCAGCCGGAACUAGAACAGAGUGGACAGAUCUGCUUCUGCACCCACCCAAGUCCAGACCCCCAUGCUGCAGAGGCCUGGGCUGACCCCAGACCCAGAACCUCUGAUCCCCAGGCGGCCAUGCCUGUCCUGCUAGGUAAAGAGGAUGGCCAGCCAAUCCUGAAGCCCAAGCCACACCCCCAGCCACCCUGGAGGUAUAAAGGCACCUGCCCACAGCUCAUGCCUUGAGAACUCACACCUGUCCCAGACAGCCCACACCAGGACAAGCAUACGCAUCCUCUACUCCUGACAGCCCAGGUACACUUGCUAGUACCUCAGGAUAGCUGCUGGCCACUUGCCCCAGGAGAGACACCUGCCAGGUGGAGCCGAGGCCAAGCCAGGACUGGAGGAGAGGGAGCAAACAGUAUUGGAGCUGGGGAGCCCAGAGGCUCAGAACCCCUCUGUGGUCGGCGUAGAGGAUCAUGCCCAGGAGCUACUGACCCCCCGCUGCCAGCCCAGCACCAUGUCAACAGGCCAGCAGGUAUGGCACACGGUGGUACCACCCCACUGCCGGAGCAGCCCCACAGUCUCGACACCCGGGUCACCCGGCACCCCUGGUUCAGAGAAGGUGGCCUCCCCGCUGGAGUGCUCCAUCUGCUUCUCAGGUUAUGACAACAUCUUCAAGACACCAAAGGAACUGUCCUGCACCCAUGUCUUCUGCCUGGAGUGCCUGGCCCGGCUAGCGGCCGCCCAGCCCACGGGCUCCGGCAGUGAGGCUGUGCCUUGCCCAUUCUGCCGGAAGCCCACAGCUGUGCCAGCUGCUGGGGCCCCUGCACUGCGUACCAGCCGCCAGCUGCAGGCCAAGAUGCCCGCACACCUGCAACGAGAGGAGCCAGUGUGGCUAGAGGGCACCAAGCUGUGCUGCCGCCCACUGCCUGCCACACCUGGCCGUGAGGCACCCGGCUUUGUGUGUGUGGAUGUGGGCCUGAGCAAGCCUGCUGAACCUACCCCACCUGUGCCUGUCCCAGACCUGGCCCCACGCCGGAGCCGCCUGGCCCGCUGCUGGGCCCGCUGCAGGGACUGGCGGCGCUUGGCCUUGGUCUCUGUCCUGCUGCUGCUGCUGUUCUGCAUGGUGCUCUGGCCCGUGCAGUGUGCGCUCAAGACUGGGAACCUGCGCUGCCUCCCCCGGCCACCUACUGCCUCCAGCACUGCUGCCACUGCCUUCUCCCUUGAGCCCCUGGCUAGCAACUAGGGUCACCAGCCUAUGGCCAGGCCUCUGAUCUGCUGGGGUCAGGAGCACAGCAGCUACUGGAAAUUUAUCCCCUAGGACCCCACUGAGGGUCCUCAUGAGAUGGACAAAGGGUGCCCAAAGUCUCUAAGAUUGAUUGGCUCCUACAGGCCCUAGAAGCUAUCCCUUCCCCUGUCACACAGGUGGUGGAAGGGACCAGGAGGUGCUGGCCAGACCCCUGCCCUCCUCCACACCCUGCAAUGCGUGGAGGGCUUACUGUCUUUGAGGCCAUUUCACCAGGGCCUUCCCAGGGCUCUCUCUAGGCAGGGCUGGCCCCUUCUGUUGGAGGGAUCAGAGAGCAGAGGCAGGGCAGGCCCUCUGCCCAGGCCACUGCAGAAACUGCCCAGAUGCCCUUCUAUGCUUGCAAACAGUACAUUUUAAAAUAAAAUAGUUUAUAUCUCUGUUUGGUAAAA